AUGGACGACGAUUGGGGAUGGGUCCCGGAAUUCAUCUACAUUGAGGGUGACGAACACGUCCUACUGGAGGCACUGGAGAAGGGAAAGCUACAGGUGAUUAGCGAUGGCUCCUUGAAGCAACAAGUGGGCACAGCCGCAGUCCAGCUCCGGACUAGACGCGGAGGGCACGUCAUCUGGAUCAAAUGCCGUACUCCUGGUAAACCAGAGAAUCAGAGUGCGUACUUGAGCGGACUUAUUGGUUUGUUAGCUGGUAUCUUGGUGGCUUCUUGGCUCCGCUUACGCCUACAGUCCCUCGCCAAGCCACGAGUCCGUGUGGCGUGUGAUGGGAUCGCUGCGCUUCGCCAGGCCUUCUUGACUUGGCCGCUGUCUCCAACCGCCCCACACUUCAAUCUCUUGUCCUCCAUCCGCGAGGCCCUCCAAUCAUUCUCCGAACCCUGUGCAAUCUACAUUGACAACAAGAAGGUCUCCUGCCUGGCCUUGGAAUUGGUCGACAAAGCCGUUGUCCUGCCCGAAUUGAUGGAAUACUGGGCAGCCAAAGGCCGCCUCGCUCCCGAGACCUUCCCAUUGGUGGACUGGCCGAUUGUGCACCAAGCGAUGAAGCCUCUGAAGCCCGCCAAACAGCGUUUCAUCACAAAACACACCGUUGGCAUGUGCGGUGUCAGCAAGUUCCGUAAACAAUGGAGUCUUGACUCUGAGAACCAAUGCCCCUUGUGCGGACUGGAGGAAGACCACCUACACGUCCCUUGCUGCCCUUCCGACCGGGCCAAGACCCAGUGGCAACUCCUACUCCAAGAACUCCAAGAAUGGUUCCAGUCCACCACCACUGCUACACCCAUCGCCCAAUUCCUCGGGGCCCUUCUUUGCACCAUCCGCACCCCUAACAACCUGCCUCAAACAGAGACUCCGUGGUACCGCCUACACGGAAUGUCUUCUUCCGCCCUCACCCAAGUCUGUGAGGCUCAACUCCGCCUUGGCCCCCAAUGCCUCCUCGAAGGCCUUCUCGCCCACGGCUGGGCCGACCACCAGCAACAAUUCUACCGCUCUCGCGGUAGUCGCCGAUCCGGUAACCGCUGGGCUGCCAAUCUAUCUCGACAGCUCAUCCUUAUCCGUAAAGGCAUGUGGAAGCGUCGCAAUGAUGUCUUUCAUUCUGACGACAACAUCGUCAACCAACAGCGCGCGACUGCUCUCCAUCCAUCGAUCACGCCUUGUGGAAGUCCUCCGACUCCAACUGGCGGACAAGGAGGAAUGGGUCCUCGUCAUCUCCGACGCCCGCCGCAAAAUCAGACGAUCUCUUGCAGGCAGGCGACGAUUGAUGUGGGAACUGACCCACCCUACUCCUCGCCCAGCAGCCCCCUGACUUACUUGUCUACAUAUUUACCAAAGUGA